UGUGUGUUUAUCAUCAUUUCGAUUGGAUCCCUGUUUCUACUACCACGCCCACGUUGCUUAACAGUGCAUUGAUUGGCUUAUCUCUUCAUUGUGGUCUCGCAUGAUUCUAGUAAACUGUUUCGAGUGGUCGUAUAGCUACAACAAGUUCGGAUAUGUUGUGUGUCAAUCUUAGAGCAAAAAGAGAACAGCAAACCAUCUGCGCCUUAGCAAACAGAGUGAAUCAAUCAAUCCGCUGACAACAACCUAGUGGACAGGACCUACGUAUGUAGAUGCAGUCGGCACCUUCAAAUCCUCACGGUUAGUAAGCGAAAGGAAACGAAAGUGCACCAGUAACGACAAAACAGGCUUGUACGAUUUUGGUUGCAGAAAAGUAGAGCUCGUAUGGACAUUCUGGCGACCUCAUUUGUAUCAUUAUGAUUAUUAUUAUUAUGCAACAAAAAAAAAAAAAGAAAAACGCCCGUUCCUAACAGAAAUAGUGAAGCGAGAAAAAUAUAGCAAUAAAUAUUAUUUCUUGUACUAAAAUGUCUAUUGGAAAACAUUUGAAUGUCGAAGCUCUUAUAGUAUUAAACGUUGCUAAGAACUACUGCCAUCGAUGAGCAUGGUAUUUCGUGGCGAGUAUUGCAAUAUUCACGGCAUAGGCGAUAAACACACAGCAAGCCCAGAUGAUUCGUCCGCACGUCAUGUUACCAGGGUGAUAAAAAGUUAUCCGAUUCUAAAAAAGCUUCGAUCGAUUCACUCUGCCUGGAAUAAAUAACAAUCAUUAACGUUCAUGUGGCACCGAUAUCAUGCAGCCUCUCUUUGGACGUCCGUUAUAGAGGGUGACAGCCGCUCGCAUGUCUGUCAUCGCCAAGCGGCCCACUGGAGAUCGGCGGGCCGUGGUCCAUGGAAGAAUACGGAGUCGGGCGAUUUCCUAUUGCCCCCUUCUGCCAGCUAGUGACAAGCCGCAACGGCGUUAACGGAUCGUCUAGUCGGUGGAUCGCAGCCACCGGCGCGCGGUGUAACUGAUGGAAGCAGCCAUACGGGAAACGCAGGAAAACGGCCGCUGCGAACCCAUAGCAGCAGCACCGUUGACAGCCACAGCCGACUAGUUACAAUCUAUAACAAACCUUAACUUUAUCUCGCCAGAGAAGCGCCGCCACGAACCGCAAAUAUUGCAUCGUUCACGCUGCUCGUAACAACGUGGCAGUAAGUCGCUAAUAGCGUAAGCGUGAUACUACCAACACCAUCAACCAUGAAUGUGGUUCAUAUUCCGCACAGUAACAGCGACAGUGGAAGCGGGGGAGUCACAGCCCAGCUCUAUGCCCCACCGCCAUGCGGUCAAAAUCCGGAUUUCUUGAGGCAUAUCAAUGCACAGAACGGAAAGAUUCUUGCCUUUCUAACGGUCCUCUCAUUGGCCACCUACCAUGGAGUGAUUCACUUAUUCUAUGGAAUUGAAACGUGCAGGUGGAUUCUAAGCGAUGGACGCUUCCAGGGAGACCAUGUGUGGCAGCCGUACGGGUGCAUGUUACAUUCGUACUCGAACGCCGAAGCCCGCAUGUGUUUACGGUAUGUGUCGUACUGGGGGGAUCGAACGCACGUAGUUUUUGUCGGUGACUCCCGUGUACGCCAGUUGUAUCACAGCUUCGUUCGGCAGUCAAAACCCUACACUGCGAGCGAUGACCAAAGAUUGGAUUUUCCUGUACAUCACGAUCUCUCCUACGAAGAACCGAAAUUACACACAAAGGUUGAUUUUUACUGGCAACCCGUGGUUAACGGUAGCAUGUACGCGGUAUUUGAUCGCUGGUUGGGUGCGGGAGAUCGUUGGAGUCGACGAGAGCGGGCCAAGGAGCCUCCGCCAACACUUCUAGUAUCCGCCAGCGCAUCAUGGACGAUCAAGCAGAGCAACGGCAGUCUGGAUGCACUAGACGAAUAUCGCCGAAAUGUUUCCGGCGUUGCCGUUCUUAUGGACAAACUUAGCAAGGCUGGUACACAGGUUCUGUGGGUUCUACAAGAUCCUGUGGAUAAUGACAAGUUCGAUGCGUCACGUAAAAUGAUUACUAAUCGAAUGCUCGAUUUAUACAACGAAGCCGCGUUGGAAGCAUUUAGUUACACGGAUGUGCAGAUUUUUUCGGCAGUUAAGCACAUUGCCAGUGGAUACUAUGACCGCGAGCAGUAUCGCCUGUGGGACGGCUUACAUACGAGCAAUUUUACUGUCGACUACGCUAUUCAGCUGUUGUAUAACAUGUACUGCAAUGGUAAAAUGCGUUGGGAAGAUUGUACCUGCUGCGCCCAACCUGAAGCUCUUACAACUUUACAAAAGGUGACAAUGGUCUGCUUUAGCGUAAUACUGCUCAUUGCCACAAUUCUAUUUAUCAGGAACCAUUCAUUGUGCCAUCGUCUUCACCGUAGUCAACGAGGUUACGGUCACUAUCAGCGCUAUGUCCCACUUAAUCAUCACCACCGUCAUCAAUAUCACACUAGAACGAACGGCGAACUCACGCGGUUGGCGAAUUCGCUGAGUAAACUCGGCCUUAUUAUGGGCUACUUUUUGAUCUGCGAUCGGACUGAUUUUUUUUUAAAGGAAAACAAGUACUUUACGCAGCUCAAUUUCUUUUUACCAAUUUGUUACGUAUUUGCUCUUGGCCUAUUUUUCACCGAAGACGUCAAAAAAGAGGAACGCCGGAACUCUAAAGAGGCUACCACAGCUGACGACGAUCCGGACGCAAAACACCGCAAAGAGAAUGGUGAUGAAAAUAGCAGUGGUAACCUGUUAUUUGGUGAGCCCUCAGCUUUUGCGACGACAGCCAGAAGCCAGCAGCCUCGCGCCAAUGGUUUAGGCAGUCACGAAAGCGGGUUUGGCGUCGCUGAGGGUCGCCGAGGCGAUUCAGCAACCGUUAUCAGCCAAGCUGGCAUGAUCUUGCAUCGCCGCCAAACCCAGGAAUGGAAGGGUUGGAUGCAGCUGGUGCUGCUCAUCUAUCAUAUGACGGGCGCGUCAAAAAUUGUGCCCAUCUAUAUGCACGUUCGUGUGCUCGUUACCUCGUACCUCUUUCUAACGGGCUAUAAUCAUUUUAGUCACUUUUGGGCUGGCGGCGACGCUAGCGUGUUUCGUCUUGCGCGCGUCGCAUUCCGUCUCAAUCUGCUCGUAUUCGUACUCUGUCUGUCGAUGAAUCGGCCCUAUCAAUUCUACUAUUUCGUGCCGCUUGUCACGUUCUGCACGCUGCUUGUCCAUGUGGUGAUGGUGUUGCCGCCGCGGGUGACGGCAACCAGUGUUGAACAAAAUCCUGUGCAGUACCUGUACAUGGUGCUUAAGUUUGUUGCCUUGUUCCUAGCGAUAACUAUCCUGUACAUGUCACAGGUGCUAUUUGAAAAGAUCUUUUUGAUGCCUCCAUGGAAAGCAUUAUUUGUCACCUCGCCCUCGGAGAACGUCCGUGAAUGGUAUUUCCGUUGGAAGAUUGACCGCUAUUCAACGCCGUGUGGAAUGCUGUUUGCGUUCUUACUGCACACGGCGAAGCGACACGGGAUGUUCAUCGAUUCGCCAACGGAGAACAUUAUUCGAUCGCGAUUGGCUAUGGUGUUCCUUACACUGGCAUCAGGGUUAGCGUUGCUUGGGGCAACCACGUUCGCCUUUUACUGCGGAGAAAAGCCGGCCUGCAACGAAGUUCAUCCUUACGUGUCGUGGCUACCCAUUGUUGCAUACAUUACCCUGCGUAACGCCUAUGGCAGUAUCCGGGCAAAGUACAGCGCGCUGUUCGCCUGGUUUGGCGAACUCUCCCUCGAACUCUUCGUGUGCCAAUACCAUGUGUGGCUGAGUGCAGGCACGCACGGCGUUCUCGUGCUUAUACCAAACUAUCCGGUAUUAAACGUCUGCAUAACAUCUUUUGUACUCGUCUCAAUCGCACAUGAAGUCAAGCAAUUAACAGCGUACUUGUCAAGGUACGCUGUCCCACAGGACGGUCGCAAAUUACUGCGGAACGUGAUCAUUCUUUUGAUCAUACUUCUCCCCAUAGGCAUUCAUGACAAGAUGCUAUAAUUUCUACAUUGCAACAACAUUAUUAAUAUCACUAUGAUUACCAUUAAUAGGAUUGAUACUUGUCAUAAUAACAAUACUUGUAGAAACUGUAACAAAUCUGACACAGCGUCAAAUAACUGAGCAUAUGAUUUGAGUGACAGUACAGCUACAAAACAGCGCAGACAAACGUUAUUUUUUUGCUCAGCGACAAAGUGGUAGACCGUACCUACUAGAUGUCGAGAGCGCUACAAGUCAACUUAAAAAUGAGGAUACAUAAGCUGUUGCAACAACUCGGCUGACGUAAACAAACCGAGAGAUAGUAAAAGGACUUAUUAGGUCAGGAACAGUUACUGUUGUAGCCUUUUUGUGUUCGAAGUUUUGUUGUCGUAAAAUGCAGAGUGUGCAAACCAUGCGGCGGUAAUAAAUGAACAGCGAAGAAAACCAGCAGACAAUAGAAGCAGAGGAAGAGGAAAACGGUGCUUGCCAAAACGCUGUCAACAAAAUACCAAAAACUCACAAUCAGAAGGUCGUCGCGUGGAUCUAUGUACAUAAUAUAAACAUUAGAAGCUCGUGUGGGAAAAUGUCACUGAAUACGUCGGCUAGGCGCGUGACGCGAGCGGACUGAUGUGAAUAGAAUUUUGCGAGCACAUUAGCAGUUAUUUUAACACUACAUGUUAGAAGCGAAUAAUUAAAAAGGAGGCGGUGAUGAUGAUGAUAAUAAUAAGUGUUAUUAUCAUUUACCUGCAUCACGUAACAUUGCACGCGUGUCAUACUGAAAUCGUUACUCUGGUCUUUAUUACAAAUCGAACCAUAAUCUUCCCAUUCUUAUAUACUAUUCGUAUUUUACUAUUUGUGACAUCAAUGUUCUAUGUUCUGCGAUCAAUAUGCCCUUUUCCGUCUACAUCACUCUCCUAUGGUCGAGCAACUCGGCAUUGUGACUAAGCGUCACACACACACAGUAACACUGUGUAAAACUUAAAAAAAAGGUAUUUUUUGGGAUCAAAUACGCUUAGGCUUUACUUAGGCAAAUUGCAACGAUUAAUAUACAUACACUAUUGAUAACAGUCUCUCGUCGAAGAACAAUUGUCUGUUGUGUGAUCUACUUAGUAAGGGGAUGGUGGGAUACGCCGCUAAAGAAUGGAUAUUCCGUACGAAAUUGGCAAAAGUGGUGCAGAAGCAACACGAAAUGAGCUGAAGGUUACUGGCUUAUUACAAAAUAAUGUGACAUUUAGCGAUAAGAUUAGACUUAAAAUGCUGAAGUCUCUAUGCGGGCAAUAUGCAAUAGAUACUAGAGGUAUUACAAAAAGAUAAAUAAUACUGUUACUUUUCUUAAUCGACAAAGGAUCCAAGCUCUGUAUCUUCUCGCUCGUGUAAGUGCAAAAGAAAAGGUGGUGCGCGGCAGUAAUUAAAGAAGAACGAAGAUUGGCUGAAGUGCGACGCGCAUCACCAGUAGUUGCACGGAAUGCACCAUACUGAAUAUAAUUUAUGAAAUAACAAUAAACACUGCUGUAGUACGGGACACGUGUAGCGCCAAGCAAAAAAUGAAAAACGGAAAAGAAAAAUGGAGAAACAGAAGGCAAAAUAAUCGUAUUGAAACAUAAAUAAUUAGUGAGAACAGAUAUAUACAUGUCUGCUGAAUUACUUGUUAAUAAAUUACACUUAUUGACGUGAACAAGCAAUUAGACAAAGAGAUAGAAAAUGCGCCCAUGAAUUUUAGACAAGAAUGCUGCUAUAGACUUAGAGCGGGCGAAGGCUAAAUCCAAGUAGCUGUUCUUCGUAGUAGACUGAGAAUAGACCGAAUUGUUACAUUUCAUCAGCUUUUUUAAUCAGUCUAAGCAACUGAAACAUUUUCCGGAGUUCGAACUUAGUGUCUACGUUCCUUUUCACCGAGACAUGUAUGCAUUCUAAACUUGUUUAGCCGACCCGUUACCUACACUUUGAAAAGUAUACUUACUGAGUGCAUUGCUUUAAAACAGCAUCAUAACGACGAAAAAGGAAGCUGGAAAAAUACUAGCGUGACCCAACUAUCGUUACAAUUUAAG